GCCAGAAAAUUCUAUGAGCAUACGAGUGGGAUCUAAUCAUGCUACCAGUGGCGGUGUCUUACACUAUAUCUCCUGGAAGAAAGUUCAUCGAAAAUACAGGGACGGAUAUCAAGAUUUUGACGUGGGUGUGAUUAAUGUGACAACACCAUUCGAAUUUGGGAAGUUGGUGCAGCCAGUGGCACUUGUUGCCCCAGCAUCAGAUCUACCCGUGGGUGCUAUGGGCGUUGUAACUGGUUGGGGACGGACACAGGAAUGGUCAUCACAAUCGUCACAUAAUCUCCGUAAGGUGGAAGUGCCAAUUCUAUCCUAUCGUGACUGCAAAGAAGCAUAUGGCUUACUGAUAACUAAGACGAUGUUCUGCGCUGGAUAUCUAACAGGAGAACGAGAUGCGUGUGUAGGCGAUUCUGGCGGCGCUCUUGUGGUUAAAAAAACCCAGUUUGGCAUCAUCUCUUGGGGAGUUGGCUGUGCUAGACCGCACUGCCCUGGCGUGUACACACACAUCGCAGUGGUGCGCAGUUGGAUAACUGAAAUGACCGGCGUG